CGGAUUGAGUUUCGUUUUCUUGAUUUCGAUCCCCUUCUCUCUCCCUCUCUCUCUCUCUCCCGUCGACUCUUGCGAGUGCUUCGCGCAGACCCAGGGAAUCAAGAACCGUCGAGCUGGUCAUCGGUCGUUGGUUGGAGUUCGGGGAGAAUAAGGUAGUGGGUGGGUUGUUGUUUUCUUUUUGGUUUGUCGGUUUGGUUUGGUUUGGUUUGGAGGGUGUGGGGGGGAAAGAAUGGCUCAGGCAGUGGAAGAAUGGUACAAGCAGAUGCCCAUCAUCACUCGCUCCUACCUCACCGCCGCCAUCGUCACCACCAUCGGUUGCUCCCUCGAGAUAAUAUCACCUUAUAACCUCUACUUGAAUCCGAGGCUUGUGUUCAAGCAAUAUCAGUUAUGGCGCCUCGUCACCAAUUUCUUGUACUUCCGCAAGAUGGAUCUGGACUUCUUAUUCCACAUGUUCUUUCUUGCUCGGUACUGCAAGCUUCUUGAAGAGAAUUCUUUUAGGGGAAAGACAGCUGAUUUCUUUUACAUGCUCUUAUUUGGCGCCACUGUGUUAACUGGAAUCGUUCUUAUUGGAGGAAUGUUACCUUAUGUAUCAGAAUCAUUUGCAAAAAUUAUAUUUCUUAGCAACUCACUGACUUUCAUGAUGGUUUAUGUGUGGAGCAAGCAAAAUCCUUUUAUCCAUAUGAGUUUCUUGGGUCUCUUUACAUUUACUGCAGCUUACCUACCAUGGGUUCUUCUGGGAUUCUCAGUCCUUGUAGGUGCAAGUGCUUGGGUGGAUUUAUUGGGAAUGAUAGCUGGUCAUGCCUACUACUUUCUUGAAGAUGUGUACCCGCGGAUGACUCGUCGUCGGCCCCUAAGAACCCCAUCAUUUAUCAGAGCCCUAUUUCCUGAUGAGGCUGUUGUCGACGCACGGCCAGCAGCCGUGAGAUUCGCCGCCCCUCCUCCUGAGGAAGUUCACCAAGAUUGAUGGCAUGGAUAGCCGAGACAAGAAGGUUUUAAGGUUCAGCUUAUUCUACUGUUGAUCUGAAGCCAAAAAUUACAAAGGUGGCGGAACAAUCCUGGUCGCUUACUGUAGAAAAACACUCCUGCGCAUGCUUUGGUGCUUGUAAUUAACCCUCAUCUGCUUAUAAGCUUAACCUGAUAUAUGCUAUUCGGAUUUUGAAGUUGUGCAGUUUUGAAGUUGAGUCCUUAAGUUGGAGUGAAUAUAGCAUUCUUGUUCAAACACCAGAGCAGGAAUGAUUUUUUGUUUAGCUUCACACAAAGUUUGGACUCUCUC